AUUCUUAAAAAAAAAAAAGAUGGAUGAGGGAGUCAAGGGCCCUUAUACUGCAGUAUUUGGGUAGAUGAGAAGAUCUAAGGGCAGUGGAACUUGGUGGAGUGGACGUGAUAAAGUUUAAGGAGGUAAAAUAGCAGAUCUUGUUAACUAUUUGGAUGUUAAAAGUGAAGAGGAAGGACAAGUCAAGGCCGAGUCUUCUGCUCAUCACCAGCUAAAAUGGAGAAUAUUGGCGUGAGGGGACUGUUUUACUCAACAUUGUAUUUCCAGAGCCUAGAAGAGUGUCCUGUGCAUUGUAGACAUAAAGCAGAGUCACUAUAAUUAUUUGUAACAUCAAUUUAAUAGUCUAAUUAUAUGAAAUUAUGGCUGGUUAUAAGCCUGCAGCUAUUCAGACAUAUCCUGUACUCGGUGAAAAAAUCACCCAAGACACACUGUACUGGAACAACUAUAAGACCCCUGUUCAAAUCAAGGAGUUUGGUGCAGUGUCAAAAGUAGAUUUUUCUCCACAGCCUCCAUAUAAUUAUGCUGUCACAGCUUCCUCAAGGAUUCACAUUUAUGGCCGGUACUCUCAAGAACCUAUAAAAACCUUUUCUCGAUUUAAAGACACGGCGUACUGUGCUACUUUUCGUCAGGAUGGUAGACUGCUUGUGGCUGGCAGUGAAGAUGGUGGAGUUCAGCUUUUUGAUAUAAGUGGGAGAGCUCCCCUCAGGCAGUUUGAAGGUCAUACUAAAGCAGUUCAUACAGUCGAUUUUACAGCUGACAAGUAUCAUGUGGUCUCUGGGGCUGAUGAUUAUACAGUUAAAUUAUGGGAUAUUCCAAACUCCAAAGAAAUUCUGACAUUCAAAGAACAUUCUGAUUAUGUGAGGUGUGGAUGUGCUAGCAAACUGAAUCCAGAUCUGUUUGUAACAGGGUCAUAUGAUCAUACUGUGAAGAUGUUUGAUGCACGAACAAACAAGAGCGUGAUCUCUGUUGAGCAUGGGCAGCCAGUGGAAAGUGUCCUGCUUUUUCCCUCUGGAAGUCUUCUGGCAUCAGCAGGAGGCCGUUAUGUUAAAAUUUGGGACAUGUUGAAAGGAGGACAGUUGCUAGUGUCUUUGAAAAAUCAUCAUAAAACUGUGACAUGUUUAUAUCUGAGCAGCUCUGGACAGAGGUUACUUUCUGGGUCACUGGACAGGAAGGUGAAAGUAUAUAGCACGACUUCCUAUAAAGUAGUCCACAGUUUUGAUUAUGCAGCUUCAAUUUUGAGUCUUGCACUUGCACAUGAAGAUGAGACAAUAGUUGUAGGAAUGACCAAUGGAAUACUGAGUGUAAAACAUCGGAAAUCUGAAGCAAAGAAGGAUUCUCUUCCUAGGAGAAGAAGGCCUGCAUAUCGAACUUUUAUUAAAGGAAAAAAUUACAUGAAACAAAGGGAUGACAUUUUGAUCAACAGGCCUUCAAAGAAACACCUAGAAUUAUAUGACCGGGAUCUGAAAAAUUUCCGGGUCUCUAAGGCACUUGACAGAGUCCUUGAGCCCAGUUGUACAAUAAAGACACCCGAGAUUACAGUUUCCAUCAUAAAGGAGCUAAAUCGAAGAGGAGUCCUUGCAAAUGCCCUUGCAGGUCGGGAUGAAAAGGAAAUCAGUCGUGUUCUUAAUUUUUUGAUACGGAAUCUAUCUCAGCCAAGAUUUGCCCCUGUUUUGAUCAAUGCUGCUGAAAUAAUUAUUGAUAUCUAUCUUCCUGUGAUUGGUCAGUCACCUGUAGUUGAUAAAAAGUUUUUGUUACUUCAAGGACUUGUAGAAAAAGAGAUUGAUUACCAAAGAGAACUACUAGAAACCUUGGGGAUGAUGGAUAUGCUUUUUGCUACUAUGACAAGGAAAGAAAGCACUUCAGUUCUACAGCAUACAUCUGAUGGAUUUCUAGAAAACAAGAAGAUGGAAUCAUAGUGUCUGCUGAAUGAGACCUAUAAGAACAACUAACUUGAAAUAGAUUUGAUUCUAUUAACUAUUGGAAAGAGAAUCUCUUUCUGAUACAUUAAAAAA